UUCUGCUCUCCUCAAAGCCUUCUCGCAUCCUCUUCCCCUUUCCUUUUCCCAGUUCGUCCUCAGGGGUUUCUCUAGGGCUCUUCAUUGGCUGCAGGCAGCCCACUAGGAAGCCAUGGUCCACGUCGCCUUUUAUCGCAACUAUGGCAAGACCUUCAAGAGGCCGCGUCGUCCGUUCGAGAAGGAACGGCUCGACGCGGAGCUGAAGCUGCUCGGAGAGUACGGUCUGCGUUGCAAGCGCGAGCUGUGGCGCGUGCAAUACGUUCUGUCGCGUAUUCGUAAGAACGCUCGCGAGCUGCUCACGCUCGACGAGAAGAGCACUCGCCGCAUCUUCGAGGGCGAGGCUCUGCUGCGCCGCAUGCACCGCUACGGUCUGCUGGAGGAGAGCCAGAACAAGCUCGAUUACGUGCUGGCGCUGACUGUCGAGAACUUCUUGGAGCGUCGCCUCCAGACCCUUGUCUUCAAGACCGGCCUCGCCAAGUCCAUCCAUCACGCCCGCGUCCUGAUCCGCCAGCGCCACAUCCGGGUGGGGAAGCAGAUUGUGAACAUCCCGUCCUUCCUCGUGCGACUUGAGAGCCAGAAGCACAUCGACUUUGCUCUGACCAGCCCGUUCGGCGGUGGCAGGCCAGGCCGUGUGAAGCGCAGAAACCUCAAGGCUGCCUCCAAGAAGGGCGGUGAGGAUGGUGACGAGGAUGAGGAAGAGUAAAUGCACACAUGUGUAGGGCAGCUAGUUAAGGGUGUCCUGACAAUGCAGGCCAUGCAUGCUAUCGGAUGUAACGCCUUGUUUCAUGGCUGAAGAGUUGACCAUGAAAUGAAAUCACUCGUUUUUGUCAGAAGAUUUGCUUGCAAUGUGUAUCUGCUGUAGACUUCUCUCUCAUGUCUAUACUUCCGUUGCCCUUCUUGAUGGAACAUUGAUAUAUGUAGAACUCGUCAUGGUUGAGGAAAUUCAAAAUGUUUCGUUGACGAUCUGACAAACUUGACGAAAAGGCUGUAAGGAUACAUUGAAAGUGCACCUCAAUCGAGUCCAGUUGCAGCGAGUCGCUCGCUUGCUCAGCUCAGCAUUGAUCUCUAGCCAAGCUCGAUCGGCCGCCACAUAGGCGUCUCGAUCAGCCUCAUGAAGUGACAAAGCUAGGCAGGCUACCGCGUCGUGAUGGCUAACAAAUACCCUAAUUUUAAUGAAGAUAAAGAGGAGUGCAGGAAGUUUCUGAGCAACUACCGCGAUGAGGACGGCAUAUUCAAGUACAUGCGGCUGCUGCAAGAUGUGGCAGAUCGCAAGCUCCACGUCAUCAACAUCCACAUGGCAGAUCUCGUCGCGUAUGGCGGCGGCAGCAACGAGGAGUUCGUAGCGCGCAUCUACAGCAACGCGCGGCGCUACAUCAGCCUCUUUGCCGAGGCGGCGGACGACCUCAUGCCGGACCCGUCGCUGUCGGCGGAGCAGGUGGAGCGGGAGGAGGACGUGUACGACGUGCUCAUGCGCCAGCGGGCAGAGCAGCACGCCGAGAACCUCGCGCAGGGCGAUGCCGCCGUGGCGGCUGUGGAUCCGCUGUACCAGCUGCCAGCUUUGCUCCGACGGCGAUUCGACCUGCACAUCGUGCCAGAGCCGAAGCGCAAGGCGCAGGCGAUCCGCGAGGUGGGGGCAGGGCAGAUCGGGCGGCUGGUGGUGGUCAAGGGCAUUGUGACACGGUGCACGGACGUGAAGCCGCUGCUGCAGGUCGCGACGUACACAUGCGACGAGUGCGGGUUCGAGAUCUACCAGGAGGUGACAGCGCGCACGUUCAUGCCACUGUUCGAGUGCCCGUCCGCGCGCUGCCGCACCAACAACGCACGCGGCCGCCUGCACCUGCACACGCGCGGCUCCAAGUUCCAGAAGUUCCAAGAGGCGCGCAUUCAGGAGCUGGCGGAGCAGGUGCCCAAGGGGCAUGUGCCGCGCGCCAUGACCGUGCAGAUAAGAGGCGACCUCACCAGGCAGGUGUCACCGGGCGACGUGGUGAGUGUGGCGGGAAUAUUCCUGCCCGUGCCCUUCGUGGGCUUCAAGGCCAUGCGGGCAGGCCUCACCGCUGACACAUACCUGGAGGCCAUGAGCUUCCACCACUUCAAGAAGCGCUUCUCCGAGUACGCGAGUGAGCAGACCCCCGAGGAGGCAGCAGCUGUGCGGCAGCUGGCAGCGGAGGGCAGCAGCGACGUGUACAGCCGCCUGGCGCGGUCCAUUGCGCCGGAGAUCUACGGCCACGAUGACGUCAAGAAGGUGCUGCUGCUGCUGCUUGUGGGCGCGCCCACACGCACGCUGCCCGACGGCAUGAAGAUCCGCGGGGACGUGCAUGUGUGUCUGAUGGGCGACCCCGGGGUGGCCAAGAGCCAGCUGCUGAAGCACAUAGUGACGGUGGCGCCCAGAGGCGUUUACACCACGGGCAAGGGCAGCAGUGGCGUGGGGCUCACCGCCGCUGUCACCAGAGACACUGUCACGGGGGAGAUGGUCCUGGAGGGGGGGGCUCUGGUGCUGGCGGACAUGGGCAUCUGCGCCAUCGACGAGUUUGACAAGAUGGACGAAAACGACCGCACUGCCAUACACGAGGUGAUGGAGCAGCAGACGGUGAGCAUCGCCAAGGCAGGCAUCACCACGUCACUCAACGCGCGCACCGCCGUGCUGGCCGCUGCCAACCCUGCCUGGGGCCGCUACGACAUGCGGCGCACGCCAGCGGAGAACAUCAACCUGCCGCCCGCACUGCUCUCCAGAUUUGACAUCCUCUGGCUCAUGCUGGACCGUGCUGAUGUGGACGCUGACCUGGCGCUGGCCCGCCACGUGCUGCACGUGCACCAGCACUCCGCGCCGCCCGCUCUUGACUUUGACCCGGUUGACCCCACGCUGCUCAGGAACUUCAUCGCGACAGCGCGCACAUAUGAGCCGUGUGUGGCAGAGGAGCUGACGGACUUCAUCACCUCCGCCUACGCGGGGCUGCGGCAGGAGGAGGCAGCCAGCGACGCGCCGCACACCUACACCACCGCCCGCACACUGCUCUCCAUCCUGAGGCUCUCGGAGGCCCUGGCGCGGCUGCGCUUCGCGGCGGUGGUGGCGCAGGCGGACGUGGAGGAGGCGCUGCGGCUGAUGCACGGCUCCAAGGCGUCGCUGCAGACCGAGGCACGGCAGCGCGCCGGGCUGGACGCCAUCUCCGCCGUCUACUCCAUCGUGCGCGACGAGGCCGCUCGGGCACGGUCGACAGUGGUGUCGUAUGCCGACGCGCUCAACUGGAUCACCCGCAAGGGCCACAGCGAGGCGGAGCUAAGGGAAUGUCUGGAGGACUAUGCGGAGCUCAACGUGUGGCAGAUAGACCAAGACUCACUAACCAUCCGCUUUAUAGACUCUUGACCAAACAUAGUACUUCGUAUAUCAGUGUGCCCUGAGUGUAAUGGCAAUGGCAUGGCACUAUAGCAAGCAAACUUAAGUUUCUGGUUUAGUGCAUUCACAAACACCU